GCCAAGAGCUCCCCGAGCGACUCCGCUGGGCUGCCCGGGCUUCUCCAGCAGCUGCCGCAGCCGCCGGGGCGGAGCCAUGGUGGUGCUCUCGGUGCCCCCCGAGGUGACCGUGAUCCUGCUGGAUAUCGAAGGUACCACUACCCCGAUUGCUUUCGUGAAGGCUUCGUGUUGCAGAGCCACACUUCAUCAUUAAAAUGUCAAGAUUCUCAGACUCCUUCGAGUGAGCUUGUAGCUGCCCCAACCUCUAGGGGCUGCUUGCUGUUUUGCUGGGCUGGACUGGCUAAUUCCUUGGCCCCUCUGGCACCUGGACCUUUGGUGGGGCCAGCUCCUCUAGCCCAGAAAAAGGACACGUUAUUUUCCUACGUUCGUGAGAAUGUCAAAGACUAUCUCCACACUCACUGGGGAGAGGAAGAGUGUCAACAGGACGUGAGUCUGCUGAGAAAACAGGCAGAAGAGGAUUCUCACUUGGAUGGAGUUGUGCUGAUUCCCCCCAGAUCUGAGCAUGGUGCUGAUGACACAGAGGAGAUGAUCCAGGCUGUGGUGGACAAUGUCUACUGGCAGAUGUCUCUGGACCGCAAGACACCAGCCCUGAAACAGCUCCAGGGCCACAUAUGGCGAGCUGCCUUUGCAGCUGGGACGGUGAAGGCCGAGUUCUUUGAGGAUGUGGUUCCUGCAAUCAGGAAGUGGAGACAAGCUGGUAUGAAGGUGUAUAUUUAUUCUUCAGGGAGCGUGGAGGCACAGAAGCUGCUCUUUGGCUAUUCGACAGAAGGAGAUAUCCUUGAGCUUUUUGAUGGCCAUUUUGAUACUAAGAUUGGACAUAAAAUAGAGAGUGAAAGUUAUAGGAGAAUUGCAACAAGCAUUGGCUGCUCCCCCAACAACAUCCUGUUUCUGACAGAUGUCACCAGAGAGGCCAACGCGGCAGAAGAGGCUGACGUCCACGUGGCGGUGGUGGUGAGGCCUGGCAACGCAGGGUUAACGGAUGAUGAAAAGGCCUAUUUCAACCUCAUCACUUCUUUCAGUGAACUCUUCUUGCCUUCGUCAACUUAGAGCAAGAGGUUUCCUUGUUUUUUGAAGAGAGAUCCAAACUAUGUCUCAGAAUUGUACCUCUGCUCUUGUUUUCUGGGUUUAUUCUACUGAUGAAAUUGCACAUCUAAAAAAAUUAUAUAUUCAGAUUGUCUUCCCCGGGGGUCCCUAAGGGAGAAGGGAAGGGGAAUUUUAAUUCAGUGAGAUGAAGGCCUAUUCUAAAAAUUAUGAAGAUAGGAGUUGUUGAGGCUGCAUCAUGAAAGUAUUUGCUCUCCUGUGGGGUGGCAGCUGCUAAACCCAAUGGGUAAAAUUACUGAAAAAAGGAAGAAAUAAUUGUCUGCCUGCUUUAGCGAAUUUGGAAAAGUCAUUCAAAAACCUCACUAUUCUAAAACCAUUCCUUGCAGACUUGCUGUGAUUUUAGAACGUAUCCAUAGCACCCUCUUUAUGGCAAUGGGGGCAAACACUUAAGGGACCAAAGUGUAGCUGGUCUCAAAUACAAGAAGGCCAAAAGUGUAUUGUUAGCCUCUAGUGAAGAAGAAGGAAACUAAGAAUGCAGAGCACUCCCAAGGCUUGACUAACCAAGUGUUAUGUUGUCAUUAGGAUAUAGCUUAUGAUUUCCGUGGCUCUGACAGGGGCUCUUAGUAACCUUACCUGUUAUCAAGGUGCAAAAUCAAAAUGUGGUUUUAACCUCUAGGUCUAAGAAAGCUUAGUGCAGCUUAUCGGUGUCCUCCUAGGCUUGAGUACUUGGCAUGUCAUCCCUAAGAUCCAGAAUACCUUGUAAAGGAAUCCUUUCCCUUGGAAUUGUUAGAGAAGAAAUAUAAAUUGUAGAAGUACUAUUUAUCCCCGUUCGGUUCUGAUAUGCGUGUUCGUGUGAUAUUUCAUGUUGUGAUUAAUAAAAGACAAUUUCCCCAUGUCAUUUAUUUAUGACCCUAA